AUGAACGAGACAGAGAACAUCCCUCUUGCAGAAUACGAUUUCGAAAGAAAAUUCGAUGAAAAGGGGGCUCUCGAAUGGAUGCAAGAAAACUGGUAAGUAGACUACCAAUUCACCCAAACACAUCUGGAUAAAUAAGUAGCCUAGCCUACGUGGUCUAAAGCCGGCGAAUUCUCCCCUUGUCGCCGCCAAUGUUGGCUGAGCUCUCAUCCACACACAAUGUCAUUAUUUAGCCUACACGCCAUGCAGGCAAAACAUUUUAUUGGCCACAUUCGUCAAUUUGAUUCCUAACUGUCGCGCGCUUUUUCCAUUUGUACGCUACCGAAGAGUGGAUACAAUGUGUUGUGUGGGUUUUGAUUAUGCUACAAAGUAACGUUUAGUCAAUAAUUGAUACAUAAGGCUACAACAGAUAUAAUUGUCUUUGAGGCUACUGUACAGGGGCAGACUGGGACAAUAAUUCGGCCCCGGCAUUUUACUAGACCACAUCACUGGGUGUGCCACCAACUCACCACCAACCAUACACACACAACCCAUCACCACAAAUACACCUUACUACACCCUGACCCUACAAACCCUACUUAGACAUUUACAUUUUAGUCAUUUAGCAGACGCUCUUAUCCAGCGCAACUUACAGUUAGUGAGUGCAUACAUUAUUAUUAUUAUUAUAAUCUAUUUUAUUUUUAUUAAUUUUUCAUACUGGCCCCCCACGGGAAAAAAAAAACCACAACCCUGGCGUUGCAAACACCAUGCUCUACCAACAUCCCUGCCGGCCAUUCCCUCCCCUACCCUGGACGACGCUGGGCCAAUUGUGCGCCGCCCCAUGGGUCUCCCGGUCGCGGCCGGCUACGACAGAGCCUUGAUUCGAACCAGGAUCUCUAGUGGCACAGCUAGCACUGCGAUACAGUGCCUUAGACCACUGCGCCACUCGGGAGUGGACACAGGCAGUAGUGCUAACGCAUAACAUUGGCAGUGCAGUACAGCGUUGCCCAAAUAUUUAUGUACCAGUGACUGGCGGGACAUGGUCCUCCUCCUCUUUUUUAAUCAGCUCAUGUUUAAAACAAAUACAAUAUGUAAAAAUACCUUUGGAGAUACAACUCACCGCUAUAACUAUGCCUCUAGCCAUUUUGUUUGCCUCCCUGUUGUGCUGUCAAUCUGUCUCAGCAUCUUCUCUGCUGUCACUCUGUGCUUCUUCAUGUUCUCUGUCUGUCUGUGUCUGUCUGUCUGUCUGUCUGCCUGUCUGCUUAACACUUAUACGUUAUGAAAGCCAAGCUAAUGACUUAGGCUAUAGUUGCUAUAUUUUACUGUCAAAUUAGGACUCCUUUCCUGAUUUUUUGGGGGUCAAUAGAGAUGACCUACAUCUUUAUGUGCACUAACUAAUAUCAUAGGCUAAUUAACUUGGGUUCAACACCUGAGGAAGUUGAAACUCAAAACACAUGAAUUAGAUCGCUAACUCUAAAUAUGAUACCCACUGCUAAUAGCCAUGUAUUCAUCCAACAGAAAUAACAAUGAUACUUACAGAAUGCUGAGGCCCUCCUCUCUUUGACAGGGACAAGGGGAUGAAGCUUCCGAAGCUGUGUUUUUCCCGCAAUUGCGUUUUGAAAUGUUAUACGAUCAGAACACAUUUUUCUCUCUAGCGCACUGGGAAGAGGAGAGUGGCUCACUCAUAACACCAGCAGGCCUUGGCGAAACAGGCACAGGGGCAAGGCAGACACUUUCAUUACAGGAAACAUGAGGGUAACUUUGCUGUUUGACCAAAUCAUGGUUUUGCCACCCUCAAAUGACAUUUUGAGUGAGGUGACAUUGUAGAAUGUGCUCUUUUUACAUUUAUAGGCAGCCUUGCCAUUUUUUACAAUCCAUGAGCUUGGCUAUUACAUUUACAUUUUAGUCAUUUAGCAGACGCUCUUAUCCAGAGCGACUUACAGUUAGUGAGUACAUACAUAUUUGUAUUUAUUUUUCAUACUGGCCUCCCGCGGGAAUCGAAACCACAACCCUGGCGUUGCAAACACCAUGCUCUACCAACAUCCCUGCCGGCCAUUCCCUCCCCUACCCUGGGCCAAUUGUGCGCCGCCCCAUGGGUCUCCCGGUCACGGCCGGCUACGACAGAGCCUGGAUUCGAACCAGGAUCUCUAGUGGCACAGCUAGCACUGCGAUGCAGUGCCUUAGACCACUGCGCCACUCGGGAGACGGCUAUCUAACUGAUGAGUUGGAGCAGGUCUCUUUGCUGAUGCCACGUUUGACUUUGAAUGUGAGUUUGCGUGACCUCAGCUCAGCCUGUCAGAAAAAUGGGCUGGCCCAUCUGGGUAGGGGGGUGGCCAUUGUCCACUGAUCAGCCAAAGGCUCAUUAUAGAUUAAUAUAAUAGAGAAAUUGCUCAAUCUUUUAAAAAAUUACAGGCCCAUGGGCUGCAGGCCAUGACCCCAAAAAUUAUAAUAUAUGUAUGUAUUAUUUUGUGUGUGUGUGUCAAUUUCGACCAGGCCACCCAACAAAAAAAUGGUCCAGCCCAUCUGGCAUUUGCCAGAAUUGCCAGAUGGCCCUGCUACUGUAAAUUGAAAUACUUAUUAUUGUUGUUCUCCCGCCCCUUUUCAGAUGUCAUUGAGGAUGCCACCGUCUGAACUUACCUUCAGUUUUCAUGUGCAUGGUUUGUUGAUAACUGGCUAUGUUUUAUGAAUGUUAAAACAACCUUUGAUCCAUCACAUGAUGCAGAAGCCAUCCCUUUCACUGCUUACAGUACAUUGGACGCAUUCCUCUGCCCAGGUGUUGCUGAUGCAUGCCUAACCUAACGUAGCAGACAUAAAAUAAACUAGAUCCCCUACAUACUGGUCUUGACGAGAAGAAGGUUCUCUCCUGCACUGUUCAACCAAUCCAGUAAAUGUGGAGGAGGAGUUAAGAUGGAGUGCCUUGUUAACGUCCAAAAGCGGAAGUCAUGUUACAGGCUCUCUUUCCAUUUCCCCUGAAAACCGGAACAACCGGUUGUUGGGGACUCGUCAGGGCUAACACAUGCCAGAUCUUACAAUGCCUGGAUAGGUAUCAGCUAACCACAUCAUAUGUUAUAGCAAUCUGGGGCCCGAAAGCAAUGGGCGAGUUCCACAGCUAAGGCGAGGUGACGCAACAACCAAUGGUUCUGGUUCGACUGAGAAAUUGCUAUAACAUAUCAUGUGGUCAGAUGAUGCUUUAGAGUAACUGUCCAGGCGUUGUUAGAUCUGUCAGGCGUCAGCAAAGUCUAAGCAUAGGAACGCAACCAUUGUUACUACAAUAUGACGUGAAACUCAACGUAUAGCCUGUCAUACUGCUGUUCACUUCAGUUUGUGUAACAUGCACAUGCAGUCACAAGCAAUGAAUGAUUACUAAAUAUCUAAUGUGAUGAUUACUGUUAAAUACAUAGGGGUAGAUACAUUAUAGGAUAUCAAUAGGCCUACAUUUUGUAACUGUUUUAAUAUCAACCCAAAGGCAUGUCACUUCUCCCCAUCAAAUUAGUAUUGAGCACACAAACCAAAAUGGUCUCAAGUGUUUCUCUUUGUGUCCAAUGGAAAUGUGUGGGGAAGUAAUUUUUGUCCUCUGUUAACAUAUCACUAAGGAAACGUUGAGACCCAGUAAGACCACAUUCUUGCACAGACUUACUUUGGCUCCUUGUUUGCAUUUUCUGACUGAGAGACAGUGUUGUGUUUCAGUCUCAGUGGCAAGCAAGCUGUCAAAUGUGGAUUGUAAAAGUCCAGGGGUAUAUUCAUUCCGCCAACGCUGUUGUUUCUUAAACGGAACGAAACGGGGAGGGACCUACCUGAAUUUGUCCAAUAGAAACUCUUGUUUUGCUCUGUUUGCUUCCGUUUGGUUCUUAAACGGUAAAUGGUUUCCGUAAUGAAUACACUCCUGUAAAUGUGCAGUGCUAGCCAAGUAAAUUCACCCUGCCCAUGCAUUCCUCAGAUCGAGCUGAUGUGUGUAGGCUACAGCAAAGCAUCAAAAGGGGAGGAGCCGGAGUAGCUGAAAACCACAUCUAGUGCAGCAUGUGACAUCCUGGCCUACGACGGUGUAAUUAAUGGGCUAGACUUGUUUCAGCAUGUAUUCUGCUGAUUAGUCAAACAAGAUACUGUAGCUAUCUAAAAAGGCAGGUAUUUCUGCUUUCUGGGAACAUUUGCUCCCACAGGACCCUCCCUUUCUCUCUUUCAAGGAGUAAAAGAUGGUGGCCCACACAUUGUAUUUGUCCUGACUCCUUCACCACACAAGGAUACAAUGACUGCUUCUUGUCGCUUCAUUAUCUCUCUCUCCCUCUGUAUUGCCCAUCACACAUUCCCUCUCUGUAAUGCAUAGACACAGUGAUGUUAUUGCUCUUAAUGCUUCCCUAUAGAAUCCUUCAUCAGUCUAAUGAAAGUUUCAUCCUCCCUUUCGGACAGACAGAGAAUGACCAUUGAAGUCCUACUGUAUUUAGCCCUGUAUAUAGCCCUACUAAACUGGGUCAAGCAACAACAUCUUCUCAGUUUAAUAUACUCUGUCAAUCUGGAUUAGUCAUCUGGUCUGUCCUCAAAGUAAACCCCCUCUGCAGCACACACGUCAUUGCUUUUUAGUAUUCAGCCCUUUUCGCCUCAAUUUAACUUUUUGGUAAACAUUUGGUCCAGUCCGUGAUCUAUCUAGUAUUCUCACUGCAACCUGCUCCCAGCUGUUUUCACAUAGCAUCACAGUUGAUUUUAGACCGGAGCGAUGUUUACUCAAUCUAAUUGCCUCCUCAUUACCCACGGGCUGCAGUAGUAGAAGUUCUGGUCAGUAUGUCAACAUCUAAACUUGGUUAGUCCUUGGCUCCAUGACUAUGAAUGGGGAUGGGGACUGUAAAAUAGAGCCUUGACAUGGAUGGACAGAAGUCGGGGUGGUCUAGAGGCCAUGUCACUGCCCUGUGCCCAGUGGACCAGCCCAAUCCUGAUCUCUGUUGAUCUCUGUAAUCUGUUUAAUAGUAGGAAUUUAUAUAGAUGAUUGGGUUUAGCUUAGCUCGCCUUGUAGCUUGCUGUGUACAUUCAGCGUACUGCCACCAAGCAAAAGGAACUAGAAAUGUCAACUGCAGUGCCAAUCACAAAAGUCUGCUAAAGACUGGCUCAUCCAUUCACAGUGAUCAUUGAUCACAUACAUGCAUUGUUGGAGUUUAAACUAGAUUAAAGAUUGUUUGCAUUUCCACCCUGCUCUCAUCUAAAUCAUGACCUAGGGCACAGGUAAUUACAGUAAUCACUUAAGAACUGGUUUGGUGACAUGUUUUUUUUUUUUUUUUCUGAAUAGGAGCAAGUCGUUUAUGUUCUGUGGGCUGUAUGCUGCGAUCAUCUUCGGGGGCCAACACUUCAUGAGAGAGAGGCCCAAGCUAAACCUGCGCCGACCCCUCGUCCUCUGGUCACUCAGUCUGGCCAUCUUCAGGUGAGUGACACACACUGACCACUGUGUUUCAGUAAAAUGGCUUUAUGUGUUUUUCUAAGCAUCAUCAAACCAAUCAAUCAAUCAAUCAAUCAACCAAUCAGUCUGAUUGAAGCUCUUACUGAGCACUGGUGGUGGUUAGCUUCAUUAUCCUCCCUCAUCCUUGCUAACCUCAGCAAGGUAAAUGUUGUCCACAUAAAUGUUUGUAUAUAGAACUAGAUCUCUCUCAUAAUUAACCAAAACAGUGUUUAAACUGACUUGAUUUAGGGGUGACAUUUUCCUCUUCUAAACACACAUGAACUACGUAAAAAUUGGGAUUUCUAGAGCGAUAUCUCAAAACUUCUCCUUUAUAAUGACUCUUCUUUAAGGACAUCCACGAGAAGGAGAUUCUUUGUGCAGAUUUAAAAUAAACGGUGCCAAAACGAGAUCUACAUUUAUGUUCAGAAGAUUAGAAACAUUUUGUGAGUAAUGGAGGGUUAAUAAUGUACUGUAUAAAUGUGUCUAUGUGAGAGAAUGUUCAGGCCAAUUCAAGGUCUGUCAACUGUCAACACAUUCUUUAGCGGAUUUGUUGGCUAUGCUAUCUGUACACACUUACUACACAAAGUAGAAUUAGUGUCUGAUAAUGCAGUUUUAGGAUGAUUACAGGUACACUCUUAGAAAAAAGGGUUCCAAAAGGGUUCUGCGGCUGUCCCCAUAGGAGAACCCUUUUUAGUCCCAGGUAGAACCCUUUUUGAUUCCAGGUAGAACUCUUUUAGGUUCCAUGUAGAACCCUCUGUGGAAAGGGUUAUACAUGGAACCCAAAAGGGUUCUACCUGGAACCAAAAGGGUUUUAACUUUAACUAAAAGGGGUUCUUCAAAAGGUUAUUCAAUGGGGACAGCAGAAGAACCCUUUUUGGUUCUAGAUAGCACCUUUUUUCUAAGAGUGUAUACUAUUGCAACACUGCUGUGUUGCUAGGAAAUCUUUGACUUUAAUUUACAUAUAAUUGGUUGCGAACCUAUAUUAAUACCCAACCAACAUAUGUCAUCAAGGUGAUGUCCCUUUCCUCCCCAAAUCCUUAGAAGACACACAACCAUUCUGACUGACACUAUCUGAUGUUUGGUGAGCUUUCUUAGAGCAGUGGUUUUCAACCGGUGUGGCGCAGCACACUGGUGUGCCUUGAGGAACUCUCAGGUGUGCCGCAAAACUUUUCCUAAUCUUUAUUAUUUUUUGGAACUCUCACUUAUAAAUGUGGCCUGUGGAAUCCACAUGGAAUUUUGACAUGGGAGCACUAGUCUGCUCAGAUAAUAAAUGGCACAUGGUUACAUCUGUAUCGUUGUUUCAAGACCAGUGCGCACAGGCUGUUGUUACAUUGAUUAUCAUUUGAGGGGCGCGCAUCACAAGCACAUUAUCAUUUGUAUCAUUUUACUUUGCCUGUGAGAUCCCUUAGCACAGAAACAAACGGAGCAGGGCUUUGUGUCCCUGGUUGCACCUUCCAAUGCAGAAAACCGCUCAUCUCUAGCCCAAACGGUUUAAAACUAAAGACAUAUUUUACCGGAGAAAAUAUCAUAAUCCAGUUUUGCAGGACACUCUUAAAGGGGCACAUACAAAUGAAUCAUCAUGAGUAAGGAACUAUGAAAAUAUUCCAAUAAAUCCUAUUUAAUCUAUAAAAAAUGUUUGUCAUAGAAAAUAUAUGAUUUGCAGUAUGCGUCAGAUGAGACGGAGGUCAUUUGCUACUAAAAAAAUAUAUAGAAAAAAAUACAAAUGAUCUCAUCAAGGUGUGCCACGGUAAAACUUUUUUGGGGAACCACAGUUCUAGAGCAAAAUGGCUCUUACCCAGGUGAGGUGAGUUUUGGUCAAACAAUGUACUGUAUAAUGCUGUAAAAGUGCUAUAUUAAAUCCAAUCUGUUAUCCUUAUCAUUAAAGUGGCAAACAGCAUUUGAAACAAUAACAGAGUCCCCGCCCCUGUUUUGGUAAAAAGCUGAGGGAUGGGGCUGGAGAAAUGUAACCACUGAAAUUCAUAGACAGUGCUAUUGAUGCUAGGACUGACCAUCCAUGAUAUAAAAAUGAUAGUUUUAACCAUUUUUGAGGCUAUAUAGUGUAUGUUUACAUUUACUUUGUUUACAAACAUUGGAGUAAAACAAUAUAUUUGGGGUUCUGAUGGGGUAUUACAGUCGAACUAAGCUCAUGAGGCAUUUAUAAAUUAUAUUCUUCAAGAAUCAAUGGGUACAUAUCAUUCAUUUAUAAGUAAAAAAAAAUGAUGUAGCAAUUGCAGAUGGCCCCUUUAAGGAGGAGUCAGGGCUGUUUUGGAGUGCCACAGUUUUGGUAUGUCACAGCGGUGCAUCAUCACCGUGCCCAUGCCCCCUGCUGUGCCAGCUGUUAAUCCUAAUCACAGAGCCGUGGGCAUAACCUGCCCACUCAUCCCGCUGCUGCUAGCUGGACAGGAUAGCGUGUCCUCGGCAUAUGAAACACUUGAUAUACUCAUUACUGCACCACCACUGCAACAUUCUACCACAUGGGGUUUUUAAGAGUAGACUACUGGUCUGUAAUAGAUAGGUAGUUACCAAUGAUGAUGUUGGUGUUAGGUAGUUACCAUAGAUAAUGUAUAGAUAGGUAGUUACCAUUGAUAAAGUUGUUAUAUGUAGGAAGUUACUAUAGAUAAUGUUGUUACAUAUAGUUAAUGUUGAUAAUGGUGUUAUUGAUAUGUAGUUACCAUUGAUAACAUAGUUAUAGGUAAUUAGUUACCAAGUCUGACACCAACUGACUCAAACAGGCACCAACACGCUCUUGAACAGCUUCUAUCCCCAAGCAAUACAGCUGAUAAAUAGCUAACAAAAUAGCUACACGGACCGAGUUUACCUUGUAUCUUUAUUGACCUUUUAUUUCAGUAUUUGCACUCUAUGCACACUCACAGGGCCCUACACCCUCACACCCACUGUCACUCCAACAUACACACAAACACUCACUCCAUCAUUUUCUCACUCACACAUAAUAUGCACAUACAUUUAUACUGACUCUACACACCCGCACAUCCACUCACAUGCAAGCUGCUGCUACUCUGUUUAUCUUAUAUCCUGUUGCCUAGUCACCUUACCCCUAUACAUAUCUACCUCCAUCACUCCAGUAUGCACAUGUACUGUAAAUAUGGUAUUGGAGCUGACUUUUUAAAUAUUUCCUGAAUAUAGUAUGCUUACUUACGUACUUACUUUAUUGUGUAUUUCAUAUUUCUUAUUAUUAUUUCUCGUGUAAUAAAAAAAAAAAAUUAUACAUUGUUAUUGAUUAUUGCAUUGCUGGGUUUUGCGUUUGCAAGAAAGACAUUUCACUGUACUUGUGCAUGUGAAACUAGAUAAUUGAUAACGUUGAUACAUUAAUCGCCCAUGACUGUGCAGUUUUCAGAGCAGCUUCAAUAGUUCUGCACCAGUGGAGGCUGCUGAGGGGAGGAUGGCUCAUACUAAUGGCUGGAAUGGAGUGAAUGGAAUGGUAUCAAACACGUGUGUUUGAUACCAUUCCAUUCACUCCAUUCCAGCCAUUCCACUCCAUUCCACUCCAGCAGCCUCCACUGUUCUGCACCCUCAAAAUGUCAACUGUGUCUCUUGGGUGUCUCUUCUAGUGUUGUUCCCACUGUUUGACUGAGGUGUUUAGUUACAUGGGUUUGGGGAUGGCUUCCUGGAAUAUCACUGGAUCAUUGUUACAUUACAGGCCUUGUGGUCUACAAUUGAUCUUUAAGGAGAGGUGAUAUGUUUUCAUAGGGUGUCCCAACUGAAAUGACCUCACGCUGUAAGUAGCCACAGUGUUCUUUCAGAUGAGAAGGAAAGCUACAAAUCGAUACAGUGUUUACUAAGCAUACGCAUCCUGUUUACAAAGUAAGAGCAUGUGUGUCUAAGUCUUGGUUGGACUUAAUGGAGGUCUAAAAUAGUUGGAGACGGGGAAGCACAGCCAACUGGAGAUGUGACCCACUGAUAUGUCUUAUCUCGUUUAUCUUGGUUUCAGGUUUAGAAUGCCAUGGCAACCGCAACAGUGACAGUUCAUAUAUUUGAGAGGUAUUUCACAUUGCAUCAUGGCAACGCAUAGCUGACAGUAUAAAAUAUAGUUGAGCGAUGUAUAGCGCAUUACGUUAUGACAACCACAAAGCUGACAGUUCAGGUGUAUCGAAUAGCAGCAAGAUAGAAAUAUGAACUGAAUUCGUGUACAAAAUACUUACUUACAGUCAACUGUGAUCGAUCAUGGGCAUUAUACUUGUGUUGACGUUUUUUCCUAUACCAAAUACUUGUAUUUAACUGUGAAUUCCCUAUAGUUAGACUGAGCAAAUCAAAUCAAAUCAAAUGUUAUUUGUCACAUGCGCCGAAUACAACAGGUGUAGACUUUACCGUGAAAUGCUUACUUACAAGCCCUUAACCAACAAUACAGUUCAAGAAAUAAAGUUAAGAAAAUAUUUACUAAAUAAACUAAAGUAAAAAAUUAAAUAAAAAGUAACACAAUAAAAGAACAAUACCGAGGCUAUAUACAGGGGGUACCGGUACCGAGUCAAUGUGCGGGGGUACAGGUUAGUCUAUGACUUGGGUGACUGGAGUCUUUGAAACAUUUUUGGGCCUUCCUCUGACACCGCCUAGUAUAUAGGUCCUGGAUGGCAGGAAGCUUGGCCCCAGUGAUGUACUGGGCCUGUCACGCCCUGGCUCUGGGACUCUGUUAUGUUGAGCCAGGGUGUGUAGUUUCUAUGAUUUUGUGUUCUAGGUUCAUUAUCUAGCUGAUGUGUUUUCUAUGUUGGCCGGUGUGGUUCUCAAUCAGAGGCAACGUGAAUCAGCUGUUGAUUGUUGUCUCUGAUUGGGAACCAUACUUAGGCAGCAUGUUUUCCACAGUGUUUUGUGGGAUCUUGUUCCGUGUAUGGUUAGUGUCUGUUACCUAGGACUUCACGUAUCGUUUUGUUUCGUGUGGUGAAUUAAAUAAAGUAUGUUCACUCAUCACGCUGCGCAUUGGUCCACUUCCUCCAACGAUCGUGACAGAAGAUCCCACCAAAACUGGACCAAGCAGUGUGUCCAGGAGCCAACGCCAGAGGUAACUCUAGCGGAUAUCCACUUCGACUGGGUCAAGCAGCGUGUCCAGGAGCCAACGCCUGAGGUAACUCUAGCGGAUAUCCACCUCGACUGGGUCAAGCCGCGUGAGGAGGAGAGAGGUUGGACUUGGGAGCAGAGGCUGGAGAGUCUGGCGAGAGCCAUGGAGGCCAUAGCCACGGGGGAGAGACGAACCCAAUAUAUUUUUAGGGGGGGGCUCACACCGUGGACGACGGGACUGCUGGAGGCAGAUAAGGGGCGAGUUAGUGGACGAGGAGAGAAGGCCACCGGGUUACGGGAGCCAUUGGCGAGUAGAGGGAAGGAGAAUGUAGAGGCACGGCGAGAGGUACUGAGGUGUGUUGCCAGUCCGGUCCGGCCCGUUCCUGAUCCCCGGGUAAGGCCAGUGGUGUGUGUUCCCAGUGCGGUCCGGCCUGUUCCUGUCCCUCGCACCAAGCCUGUGAUGCGCGUCGCCAGCCCGGUCCGGCCUGUUCCUGCCUCUCGCACCAAGCCUAUGGUGCGCGUCGCCAGCCCGGCCCGGCCUGUUCCUGCUCCCCGCACCAAGCCAAUGGUGCGCAUCGCCAGUCCGGCCCGGCCUGUUCCUGCUCCCCGCACCAAGCCAAUGGUGCGCGUCGCCAGCCCGGCCCGGCCUGUUCCUGCUCCCCGCACCAAGCCAAUGGUGCGCGUCGCCAGCCCGGCCCGGCCUGUUCCUGCUCCCCGCACCAAGCCUGUAGUGCGCUUCGUCAGCCCGGUUCGGCCCGUCCCUGCUCCCCGCACCAAGCCUGUGGUGUGCGUCGCCAGCCCGGCCCGGCCUGUUCCUGCUCCCCACACCAAGCCAAUGGUGCGCGUCGCCAGCCCGGCCCGGCCUGUUCCUGCUCCCCGCACCAAGCCUGUAAUGCGCUUCGUCAGCCCGGUUCGGCCCGUCCCUGCUCCCCGCACCAAGCCUGUGGUGUGCGUCGUCAGCCCGGUCCGGCCCGUUCCUGCUCCCCGCACCAAGCCUGUGGUGCGCGUCGUCAGUCCGGCACAGCCCGUGCCUGGGUCAGGUACCGGUCAGCUGCUCCACAUCGGAGAAUAAGCAAUCCACUCCACCGAUGUCCAGUCCAGCUCCAGCCAGCGGGACCAGACCAGGGGCGCUACGGGGGGAUUGUUGGAGGGUGGUGGUCAAGCCCGGAGCCGGAACCGCCUCCAAGGAGGAAUGCCCACCCGGCCCUCCCCUGUUCAGUUUAUGUUUGGCGCGGUCGCAGUCCGCGCCUUUGGGGGGGGGGGGGGGGGGGGGUACUGUCACGCCCUGGCUCUGGGACUCUGUUAUGUUGAGCCAGGGUGUGUAGUUUCUAUGAUUUUGUGUUCUAGGUUCAUUAUCUAGCUGAUGUGUUUUCUAUGUUGGCCGGUGUGGUUCUCAAUCAGAGGCAACGUGAAUCAGCUGUUGAUUGUUGUCUCUGAUUGGGAACCAUACUUAGGCAGCCUGUUUUCCACAGUGUUUUGUGGGAUCUUGUUGCGUGUAUGGUUAGUGUCUGUUACCUAGGACUUCACGUAUCGUUUUGUUUCGUGUGGUGAAUUAAAUAAAGUAUGUUCACUCAUCACGCUGCGCAUUGGUCCACUUCCUCCAACGAUCGUGACAGGGCCGUACGCACUACCCUGUGUAGUGCCUUACUGUCGGAGGCCGAGCAGUUGCCAUACCAGGCGGUGAUGCAACCGGUCAGGAUGCUCUCGAUGGUGCAGCUGUAGAACUUUUUGAGGAUCUGGGGACCCAUGACAAAUCUUUUCAGUCUCCUGAGGGGGAAAAGGUCUUGUCGUGCCCUCUUCACGACUGUCUUGGUGUGUUUGGACCAUGAUAGUUUGUUGGUGAUGUGGACACCAAGGAACUUGAAACAGAUACACACAACACUUGACACUAUCUCUUUAGUAAAUCUAUGUGUUUCAUUCCACAGUAUCAUCGGAGCGGUCAGAACCGGUUGGUACAUGUUCCAUGUCCUCAACAAAAGCGGUUUUAAGCAGUCGGUGUGUGACACCAGCUUCUACAGCGCCCCUGUCAGCAAGUUCUGGGCCUACGCCUUCGUCCUGAGCAAGGCCCCUGAGCUAGGUAAGGAAUGUCCAAAAUAGGGUCCCGUUCUGAAUGCUUCAGAUAGAAAUAUGUAAUGUAGAACAGACAUACUUCUCUGUCAUGCAGUGUAGAAUAGUCAGCUCGCCUCGAGCUGAUCUAUACAAGACAUUUCUAUAUACCCAAUGUGACCCUGACCAACGAGUGGGAGAGAUAGAGGGGGUUGUAAUUGGUCAAUUACGUCAGAGGGCCAAUCAGAGAGAAGGAGGCUGGUGCAGGACAAAAAACCCAACUUGAAACAAUUUGUCUAUUUAUGUGAUUCCGGAAGCACUUGGAAGUUUCUAGUGCACUUACAUUGAUCAGUGGAGGCCUAUUACCUCAAGAGCUGUGUGGCUGCAACGUGAUGCCAUCUCCACUCCCAGAGCAGUAAUCUAGUCACUUCUACCUAUCUGUCAGUCAGACAGUAAAUGCAAUAGUGCUGGUAAAUGGACAGAGAUGCUGAUUGACUGUGCUAUGUCUCUUCCUGAGCAAGAGACAGUAAGGGCACGCUCGUGUUCUAGAAUGGGACAGAUGUUCAAUAUAUUAGGCCUGUUUAGUUUGUACUGUACAGGGUGUGCAGUUUGAGUUUAUUGGAGUGUGUUAGGAUGUUGUUGUAUGCUUCCUAAUAUGGUGUGUGUGUGUGUGUGUGUGUGUGUGUGUGUGUGUGUGUGUGUGUGUGUGUGUGUGUGAGAGUGUGUGUGUGUGUGUGUGUGUGUGUGUGCAAGUGUGCAAGUGUGUUUGUGUGUAGCGCUUUACAUCCCAUCUUUCCUGGUUAUUUUUGGAAGUGAGGUCCAAAUAUCCAGUCCUCACAAUGUUUUUAUUAUACUGUGUGUGUUCACUAGUGUUUGAGAGAGAGAGAAAGUGAUCAAACAUCAGAGUAUAACUAAGUGAUUUUCGGUUCCCUCCCUCCCUACCUCCCUCCUCAGGCGACACGGUCUUCAUCGUGCUCCGUAAGCAGCGCCUCAUCUUCCUCCACUGGUACCACCACAUCACAGUGCUGGUCUACUCCUGGUACUCCUACAAGGACCAGGUGGCCGGCGGCGGCUGGUUCAUGACCAUGAACUACCUGGUCCACUCCUUCAUGUACACCUACUACGCUGCCCGGGCGGCAGGUUACCAGGUGCCCCGACCCUGUGCCAUGGUCAUCACGGCCACCCAGAUCAUGCAGAUGAUGAUGGGGCUUGCUGUCUUAGGCUUGGUCUACCACUGGAUGCACGAAGUGCGCUGUCCCUCCUACAUGCCCAACAUCGCCUGGGGCUCUCUCAUGUACCUCAGCUACCUGGUCCUGUUCGCCUCGUUCUUCUACAAGUCCUACCUCAGGGGCGCCGCUGACAAGGUUGGCAAGGAAUCCAAGGCCGAGUAG